GUGUCUUUAGAUGUGGGUUUUUGGUUAUCUUUUCAAAUUAGUCUCCUUUAUUGAUUCUGAGUUGGUUGCAAAUUUGUUUAUGUUAAGAGGAAUUUGGUUGAAUUGGUUGAAGGAAAUAAAAAUGAGUCUCAAUGUGAAGGGGAUUCGAGUUCUUCUAUGGAGGAUUAUUAGAUUUUUUACGAAUAGUUUCUAUAAAUGUGUGCUGAAACAUCCAGUUGUUUCAGGUGUUUUGUUCGUCUUCUUCCUCCUGUACUUGUUUCUUCCUUCUGUUUUCUUCAUUUUGGUGUUAACUUCCCCUGUUCUAGUUAGCGUUGCAUUUUUCAUUCGUGUUCGAUUGAAUUCCAAAAGGCAAAAUGCUGCGAGGGUUGAGAAGGAAGAUAGUGAAAAAUCAUCUGUUGAUCCCCAUAAUGAUGGGGUAAAAAAAAGUGCUAACCCUUCAUUUCGAAGUCAAAAAAGUGUUCGACGAAAUGUCAGAAAGGAAAACAUAGAAUGUGAUGCUCAAGGUAAUAUUAUUACUUUGACUAAUCCUUUAGAUGAAAUAUUGGGUAGGAACAGUUUGUUCAAGGAAAAGCACACACAAGUUAGGGAGGGGGAAGGAAGUUCUGCUUUGGAAAAUGGAGAGGCUGCCUCAAAUAUUGCAAAUGAAAAUAAUCAAGCAGAUGAAGAUCGUAGCCUACUCUUUGAUUCUGAAGAAUCAAAGUCUAAUCCUAUUUGGCGUGAUGGACUUGAUAAGCAGUCUGAAAAGGUUUCUGGUGGUGAUGAGGCUGAGGUGGAAAGCAUGGAAGAUGCAGAGGAUGAGGAUGAAGAAGAGGUGCAAGAUGAUGGAAAUAAGGCUGUUGAAUGGACAGAGGAUGAUCAGAAGAAUCUCAUGGAUCUUGGGUUUUCCGAGUUAGAAAGAAACAAUAGGUUGGAGAGUUUGAUUGCAAGAAGAAGAGCAAGAAAUUUGUUCAGAAUGGCAGUUGAGAAAAGUCUGGUGGACAUGGAUAGUGCUCAUCCAGAUCAAAUUGCUCCAAUUUUUGUUGCAAGAAGCAGGCCUUUUGAUGAUAAAAAGAAUCCUGAUCAAGGUGGGCUACAUAUGCCCGGUUCUGCCCCUUCAAUCUUGUUACCGGGACGAAGUCCAUUUGAUCUUCCCUACGAUCCAUAUGAGGAAAAACCGAAUCUUACAGGAGACAGCUUUCAGCAAGAAUUCAUGGCUUCCCAUCAGAAGGAUAUCUUCUUUUGCCGCCAUGAGAGCUUUUGUCAUGGACCAUUUUUCCCAUUUGAGCCCAAACAUGAUCUUCAGGAUCCACAGUUAGACCUUUGUUUUAGUACUGAGGAAAAUAUUGUACAAAGCCCUAGGAACUCCACGUUCGGGAGGCAAUUGGAUAAGGGAGAUCAUGAACAUCACAUGUCAUCCAGCAUGGGAAGUGCCACCGAUCUUGUUCAACUUGAAAGCUUAGAUCCUACCCAGGUGAUGAACUCAGAGGAACUGCCUCAUGAAGAACAUAACAUGAAUAAGAAUAGCUUCAUUGAAAUUGAAGGAGAAAAAACAGAAGAUUCUAAUGGGUUUGAGCCAAGUUUAGCUAAUGAACUUGAGGUCCAAACUGAGACUGAUUCCAUAAAAGAUAACAAGUCUUCUUCAUCUUCUUCAUCUGAUGCUAGUGAAAUGAUCUUAAACAAAAAAAAGUUUCCACAAGUGCUUAGUGAUCAUGUGCAGAGAGCCCUCGUCCAGGUAGUCCCUCCUAAGGGUAUAUCUCUGGAUAGACUUCCAUUUGAUCCUAGUCCAACAGCAAAUGACAAGUCAAGACUGGAUAAUUGUUCAUUUUUCAAGGUUUCUUGUCACACCCCUACAUAUUCUGUAGCUUCUGACUUGCAAGUUGAAGUCUCAGAGGGUGGCUCACCUCGACUAAUGGCGCUGACUGAUGGAGCUGCUUCAUUUUGUGAUGAAGAUACAGUCACAUAUGAUGCAGAUGUUGAAAAGGAUAUCACUCCAAAUAGUGAAGAAAAAUUAGGAGAGGAAAAAGGAUCCAUAUCAAGAGAAUUGCACAAGACUAACGAGGAGCACACUUUUGAUGGACUAACAGAUUGGAACAAGAAGCUUGAGGAUUCAAUUGUAUUACCAACACUGUUAGAGCUGGAAGCCAGGCAAAAUGUGAAUGGUACAGUUUCAUUAUCUUCGGAAUCUAGAACAACUGAAAACAGUCAAUCCUUUCCAACGAAUAUCAAUCAUCCAAACAAUGAAGGUGUGGAGCCAACACUCAAAGAAGUUGAGGUAUCCAGAAUGUCCAAUCCCUCAAAUGAAUCAUCUCCUAGAAGUUUAAGAAAUAGAAUAAUUGAAGACUUCGUGGUUCACUCAUCUUCUGAAGUUAAUUUCGAGAAGCCAAAGGAAUUACGUAAACCUCAAGAGAAGUUUGCAGUGGAGGCGAGGAACAGUCAUGAUGUCGAGCCAAUAAUCCAUGUAAAUACCAACACAGUAGAAUCAAAACCAACUGAAAAUAGUGAUGGAACCCAUAUAUUUAUUGAGCAAGAGGCUUCAAGGGAUCUGGAAAGACCAGCUGAAGUUGUGAUUAAUUCUGUACCCGGUGAAUAUAAUCCAAUCAAUUCUGAAUGGUCUUAUGAUCAAGGCAUUAUGGCAUAUGAGAAAAUUAUAGAAGAUAAUAGAAAUUUAGAGUUUACUGGAGAUAGGGGAAAAGAUCUUGAAAAGCUCAAUCAACAUAAUGUUGGUGACAUACCAGAGGCAGUUGAAGGCGAAGAUAUCAUGAAACCAAUUCAGGACAGUAGAGAUGAAAAAGAUGUUCUAGAAAAUAUUAUCCCUACAGAAGAGCAGAGAUUUAAUUGUCCUUCAUCAUCCAUGCAUCCAAGAUUAGAGAUUGAACAAGUUUCUAUUGCUACAGGUUCACUCUCGUCUCCGAGGACCGUAUUACUUCAAGAGACCCCGUUUAUUCCCAAUCCACAGGAUUCUCUAGAGAAUUCAAUAGAUCACUCCUGCAGUAACUCCAAUUCUAGAAACUUGGAGGGGCAAUAUGAUAUGAUGGUGAACUCUACUGAGGAAUCUGACACUAUGAAUCAAAUGAAUGGACCACAUUUUGAUCUCAUAGAAGGUAAAAUGGAUUCUCUAAUCAAAUCAACUGAAGUGAGUCAAAGCAAAAGAGUAGAGAUGAGCAAAGCAGAGGACUUGAGCUGCGUUUACAAGAACCCAAAUGCACCCAUCGAGGAUCGUAUCAAGGACCUUCUUUCUCGAAUGACCUUGAAAGAGAAGAUUGGUCAGAUGACCCAGAUCGACCGUAGCGUUGCUACUCCUUCUGUACUUCGAGAUCUCUCCAUCGGGAGUAUACUCAGUGGUGGAGGCAGUGGACCCUUAAAGAAUGCAAUGUCAGCCGAUUGGGCAGAUAUGAUCGACGGCUUCCAGCAGGCAGCAAUAGAGUCACGGCUUGGGAUACCACUUAUAUAUGGGAUUGAUGCAGUUCAUGGUAACAAUAGCAUCUAUGGUGCCACCAUUUUUCCUCACAAUGUUGGACUUGGAGCCACUAGAGAUGCAGAUUUGGCCCAAAGAAUUGGAGCUGCUACAGCUCUUGAAGUUAAGGCAAGCGGUAUUCACUAUACUUUUGCGCCCUGUGUGGCUGUUUGCAAAGAUCCUAGAUGGGGAAGAUGCUAUGAGAGUUAUAGUGAAGAUACCAACAUUGUCAGAAAGAUGACUUCCAUUGUGACAGGUUUGCAGGGACAGCCACCUGUUGGACACCCAAAGGGCUACCCUUUUGUAGCUGGCAGAAACAAUGUUAUUGCAUGUGCCAAGCAUUUUGUUGGAGAUGGGGGAACUGAUAAGGGUAUAAAUGAAGGGAACACGACAUUGUCCUACGAUGAAUUGGAGAGGAUCCACAUGGCACCUUAUCUGGACUGUUUUUCACAGGGAGUUUCCACAGUUAUGGCAUCUUAUUCUAGUUGGAAUGGAAGAAAACUUCAUGCUGACCAUUUUCUUCUCUCAGAAACUCUGAAAGAUAAACUAGGUUUUAAGGGUUUUCUGAUUUCUGAUUGGGAAGGACUUGACCGACUUAGUGAACCUCGUGGCUCAAACUAUCGUAACUGCAUCUUAGCUGCGGUUAAUGCUGGAAUUGACAUGGUUAUGGUGCCUCAUAGAUAUCAACAAUUUAUGGAGGAUAUGACAUAUCUGGUGGAAUCUGGGGAGAUACAGAUAUCUAGAAUAGAUGAUGCUGUUGAACGAAUACUUAGAGUGAAGUUUGCAGCUGGUAUUUUUGAAUAUCCCUUCUCCAAUAGAUCUCUUCUAGAUACUGUUGGCUGCAAGAAACCCUAGGGGACAAUAAAGAGCUUGUAAUCCCCUUCAAUGGAAAUGACAUUAUAAGUUCAGUUGCUGAAAGAAUGCCAACAGUGGUGAUCGUGAUAUCUGGAAGACCCUUAGUUAUAGAGCCCAGGAUUUUGGAAAAAGUAGAUGCCCUAAUUGCUGCAUGGUUGCCCGGAACUGAAGGCAGGGGGAUCACAGAUGUUGUUUUUGGAGAUUAUGACUUUGAGGGUCGGCUACCAGUGACGUGGUUUAGAAGAGUUGAAGACCUGCCAAUGAACGCUGGAGACAAUUCAUAUGAUCCUCUGUUUCCCCUUGGCUUUGGAUUGACAUGCAAUCCGGAAAAAUCUUUAGAUUAAAAUGAUUUCAUGGCCAAGGCCCCCAAUGUUAUCAACUUGUUGUAAUGAUUGUGGUAGGGCAAUAGCAGGUACGUGAAUAAAUUUCCAGAGUCAUUUGGACUUCUUCUGUAAUGCUGUGUAAUUUAUGUACGUAUUACAUUUUUAUUCCACCACAAUCUCUUGUUCACCAGUUAACCUAGCAGUUUUUGGGGGGCCUUCUCUCUAUUCCCAUUUUUGUUUUGUCUAGCAUAAAACAAUUUGACAGCACUCAUCUUUGUGGGCACCGCAUGUGUGCUGAGGAUACAAUUGAAUCAGCAAAAAAGGGUAAAGAGUUCU